GCCAUGAGCCAGUCAGGGUCCGUGAGCUGCUGCCCGGGUGCUGCGAAUGGCAGCCUGGGCCGGUCUGAUGGGGUGGCCAAGAUGAGCGCCAAGGACCUGUUUGAGCAGAGGAAGAAGUACUCCAACUCCAAUGUCAUCAUGCACGAGACCUCACAGUACCAUGUCCAGCACCUGGCCACGUUCAUCAUGGACAAGAGUGAGGCCAUUGUCUCCGUGGACGAUGCCAUCCGAAAGCUAGUGCACCUGAGCUCCAAGGAGAAGAUCUGGAUGCAGGAGAUGCUGCUGCAGGUCAACGACCAGGCACUGCGGCUGCUGGACAUGGAGUCCCAGGAGGAGCUGGAGAACUUCCCGCUGCCCACCGUGCAGCACUGCCAGACGGUGCUGAACCAGCUUCGCUACCCGUCGGUGCUGCUGCUCGUGUGCCAGGACUCGGAGCAGAGCAAGCCCGACAUCCACUUCUUCUACUGCGACGAGGUCGAGGCGGAGCUGGUGCACGAGGACAUCGAGAGCGCGCUCGCCGACUGCCGGCUCGGGAAGAAGAUGCGGCCGCAGACCCUCAAGCCCCCUCCCCGCCCCUGUCCCUGGGCCAAGCUGCAGAAGCACAUCCAGAACCCCAGCGCGGCCGAGCUCGUACACUUCCUGUUCGGACCUCUGGACCUGAUCGUCAGCACCUGUGGCAGCCCGGACAUUGCGCGCUCGGUCACCAGUCCCCUGCUGUCCCGCGAAGCGGUGGGCUUUCUGCGCGGCCACCUGGUCCCUAAGGAGAUGGCGUUGUGGGAGACGCUGGGCGAGGCCUGGACACGCCCCCGGGCCGAGUGGCCUCGGGAGUCACAGGUGUUCCUGUACGUGCCCAAGUUCCACAGCGGCUGGGAGCCGCCCCUGGAUGUGCUUCAGGAGGCUCCCUGGGAGGUGGAGGGGCUGGCAGCUGCCCCCAAUGACGAGUCGACUCCAGGGCGCCGACUGUCCUUUCGAAACACUGCGAAGCACAGCUUGACAUCUGAGCCCACACCCCCGGGAGAUGUCUUCCCACCAGCUGGCUCCCCCCAUGCUCACAGGGGCUACAAUCCCACUCGCACCAUGGGCAAGUACGUCAAGAUCCUCUACGACUUCACAGCCCGGAACGCCAACGAGCUGUCUGUGCUCAAGGAUGAGGUCCUGGAGGUGCUGGAGGACGGCCGGCAGUGGUGGAAGCUACGUAACCGCAGUGGGCAGGCAGGCUACGUGCCCUGUAACAUCCUGAACGAGAUUCGGCCCGAGGAGGUGGGCAGCUACCUCGAUCAGGCCAGUCUGAAAUACUGGGGACCUGCCAGCCCCACUCACAAGCUGCCUGCAAACUUCGCUGGGAACAAAGAAGAGCUGAUCCACCAAAUGGACGAGGUCAAUGACGAGCUCAUCAAGAAGAUCAGCAACAUCAAGGUGCAGCCGCAGCGCCACUUCCGCGUAGAGCGCAGCCAGCCUGUGAACCUGCCACUCACCUUCGAGUCUGGCCCCGACGAGGUCCGCGCCUGGCUGGAAGCCAAGGCCUUCAGCCCUCGGACCGUGGACCACCUGGGUAUCCUGACGGCCCUCCAGCUCUUCUCACUCAACAAGGAGGAGCUGAAGAAGGUGUGCGGUGAGGAGGGCACCCGCGUGUAUAGCCAGCUGACAGUGCAGAAGGCCUCCCUAGAGAAGCAGCAAGGUGGGUCGGAGCUGGAGGAACUCAUGAACAAGUUUCAUUCCAAGAACCAGAGGAGGAUGGAGGACAGCUAG